CAGAUUCUGCUCCACCAUCUUAAAAGAGAACCAAAGCUUUAUUACAUUGAAAGGCAGAGGAAAAGGCCAAAAAGAAAACAAAAGGGCCGCUUUCUUCUAUUUGUUGAUAUAUGCUCUCCAUCAGACAAACUUUUGAUGCGCUCCCUCCGUCAAAUUCAAGUUUUUUAUGUCGAUUUCCACUCACGAGUGAUCAAAUCUCUUUGUUGCAAAUCUUCAACUUCUCCAAAUUUGUGUUUUUUUUGGUCCGCUUGAAGAGCUUUGCAUAUGUUUCCUGCGCCAAAGUUCCUCUUUUUAUGCUUGAUUUCCGUUCAGGAUGCUACUUGUUGAAUUCAAUUGAUCGGCCAUCUCUCGCUGAGCUCCAUGAGAUGAAGCAUUAGCCUUCUAAUCCCUGUGUUGCUUACAACUCAGAUUUUGAUGCUCUGGUUCUGAACGUUUCUUUUGAAUCCCUUCAACCAUAGGAAUGAAGGAGCAGUUGGUUCUGAUUCACUUCGGCAUGGAAUGAAAGCCCUGCAAGGGUAUGAUGGAUGAUGGAGAAGAAGUAAACUAUUCAAGAUGCCAUCUUUUAACAAAUCCAGACAUACCAAACAGUGGGAACAUCAAUGAGCUUUUGAGAACUAUAUACCAGGACAUGUACACUCACACCCACAUGCUUGCCGCCACUGAAGGAGAUCAAGGAGAAGGAAAGGAGCUGAAGAAGCCAGUCAGGAAGUCACUGAGGAACAAAGAGGCUGUUCGGAAAUAUCGAGCGAAGAAAAAGGCGCAUGCAGCUUACUUAGAGGAAGAAGUGAAGAAGCUGCGUUUUAUAAACCAGCAGCUCCUGAGGAGAUUGCAGGGACAAGCUGCACUUGAGAAUGAGAUCUCAAGACUGAAGAGCCUUUUGGGAGAUGUCCAUGCUAAGAUUGACAUUGAGCUUGGUGUCUAGUGUUUGCGUUUUUCAGAAUGCAUGAGGUUCUAUUUAUUCGAAAAAUUCAAGUUUUUCAACUAUCAUACUUAUUUGAUUGUGAUUUUUGUUAACUUAUUGCUGUAAUAUAUCUGUCAGUGAGCAUGAAAUUUAUAGCAUUAGGUAUAUAGAAAGGUGAUCAGAUCUAGAGGACUGCUGGGAAGCAACCAUCUUUGUGUAUGUGUAUGUGUAUGUCUUCUGAGCGAAGAAUUAUUACUUGUCUAGCCCAAAUGUAU